AUGCGCCGUGAAACGUGGCUACUCGCGGCAGUGCUCGUGUUCGCGAUGGCCGUGAAGCGAGAGGAUUUCAAGACGUGCGAUCAGGCGACUUUCUGCAAAAGGCACCGAUCAAUCAGUGAAAACACGGGAUAUGCGGUCGACUUUUCUACCGUCCAACACAGCGGCGCGAUCUUGACAGCGACAUUGAAGGGACCCGAAAACGAAUUAUCGCUCAAAUUGACGGGUUUGGAUGGCGGCCGAGUGCGACUACAAAUUGAUGAACCAGCUGGAGCUCUACGCAAAAGAUUCAUCCCCGAAUUCGCGCUUAGUGGAGUCCAAUACGAAGUGCCAUUCGACAAAGUUGAUGUUCAGAGUGACUACUUGACGAUUCAUUGCGGAGGAAGCAAGGCUAAGGUUGUAAUUCAUCAGAAGCCUUUCCUCGUGGAUAUCUACAAUGGAUUGAAUGAAUUGGUUACUCAAGUGAAUGCAGCUGGCAAAUUGAAGGUUGAACACUUCCGUGCCAAAAUGGAUGGCCAAGAAUAUCCAGAAGGAUUUUGGGACGAAUCUUUCAAGCAUUUCAGAGACAGCAAACCAUUUGGAUCCAGCAGCGUUGGGGUUGACGUGUCAUUUGUCGGUUUUCGUCACGCUUUCGGUCUUCCCUCGCACGCGGAUGCAUUCUCGUUGAGAAGCACCGUCAACAACGGUGAGCCAUAUCGUCUCUUUAAUCUUGACGUCUUCGAGUAUGAAUUGGAUAAUACGAUGGCCCUCUACGCGCACGUUCCAUACAUCAUCGCUCACAAGAAACAGCGAUCUGUCGGCUUUUUGUGGCUGAAUGCAGCUGAAACCUGGGUGGACACUCGCUCAUCUGAGGACUCAAAAGGAAUGUUCCGCACGAUGUUGAACAAGGUGAUGGCCGAUGAAUCACAACCUCGCUUUGAUGCUCAUUUCAUGGCUGAAGCUGGCCUCAUUGACUUGUUCUUCUUUGUUGGUCCCUCAUCGCAAGAUGUGCAAAAGCAAAUGGCGGAGACUUCUGGAGUUACCCCAAUUCCACCGUUGUUCGCAAUUGCCUAUCACCAAUGUCGAUGGAAUUACAAUGAUGAACAAGAUGUGGCGCAGGUUAACGCCGGUUUCGAUGAAUGGGAUAUCCCGAUGGACGUCAUCUGGUUGGACAUUGAGCACACAGAUGGAAAGAAAUACUUCACAUGGCAUCCCACGAAAUUCGCGACACCAAAGAAGAUGAUCGAAGGAGUUGCAAGCAAGGGCCGUAAAAUGGUGACAAUCAUCGAUCCGCAUAUCAAGAGAGACGACAGCUAUCGGGUGAACAAAGAUGCGAAAGAUUUGGGCUUGUUUGUGAAGAAAGCUGAUGGAACGACGGACUUUGAGGGGCAUUGUUGGCCGGGAUCAAGUGAAUAUUUGGAUUUCUUCCAUCCAAAGACAAGAGAAUACUGGGCUCAACAAUUCGCCUUUGACCGCUAUGAGGGAUCGACGAGGGAUUUGCACACAUGGAAUGACAUGAACGAGCCAUCGGUUUUCUCUGGCCCUGAAGUGACAAUGGAUCGAGACGCCAUUCAUUAUGGCGGAAUUGAACAUCGUGAAGUGCACAACAUGUAUGGAAUGAUGUACACGUCGGCCACGUACAAAGGAUUGGUUGAGAGAACCGCCGGAAAGGAUCGCCCGUUCUUGUUGAGCCGUGCCGGAUUCAUUGGAACGCAGCGAACAGCCGCCAUCUGGACUGGUGACAACACAGCUGAAUGGGGCCAUCUUCGCUACUCUGUGCCCAUGCUUUUACAAUUAUCAGUUGCUGGUAUUCCAUUUGUUGGUGCCGAUGUUGGAGGGUUCUUUGGAAAUCCCGAUGAGCAACUGCUCCUUCGAUGGUACCAAGCCGGAGCCUAUCAACCAUUUUUCCGCGCUCAUGCCCACAUUGACACACGUCGUCGAGAGCCGUGGCUAUUCAGCGAUGAGACACGAGAGGGAAUCCGAGACGCGAUCCGUCAACGAUACACACUACUUCCAUAUUGGUACACCUUGUUCCAAGAGCACAAUGCCACUGGAAUGCCGCCAAUGCGUCCGAUCUUCUACGAGUUCCCAUCCGAUGAGGCACUUUUCACCGAAGACAAGGCUCACAUGGUCGGGGAGGCUCUUCUUGUUCGUGCCGUCGUUGACAAAGAUGCAACAUCGGUUGAAGUGACGUUGCCAAGUGGGGAGAAUAAGGACACCCUGUGGUACGAUUGGGAAUCUGGUGUUGAGCGACCCGCUGGAUUGAACCAUGUGGAUGCGCCACUUCAAAAGAUUCCUGUCUUCCAACGUGGAGGAACGAUUGUGCCUACGUGGCAGCGAAUUCGACGCGCGGCUUCUUUGAUGAAAGAGGAUCCUUUGACGCUGAUCAUUGCUCUCGACAAGAAUGGAGCCGCAAAGGGGCGAAUUUAUCUCGACGAUAUGGAAACGUUUGACUACAAGAAUUUGAACAACUUCUGCAUCUCCGAAUUCAGCUACGCAACGAAUUCGCCAAAAGAGGCGAAGAUCACCGGAAAGCACGCUGAUUCGAAUGGUGCCUUCAAGCCGGUGAACUGGGUUGAAAGAAUAGAGGUCCGUGGAGUACCAUCCGAGCCAUCAAAGGUGAUCUCAUCCCGCGGGUUGACUCUUCCAUUCGCCUACGAUCGUGACGCGCGUCUCCUCUCGAUUCGCAAACCCGGAGACUUCGCCGGAGAAGAUUGGACAAUCACCCUCAAUUUU